CUUGGUAGCACAUCUUUCCUGAUCUGUAAAAAAUUUCCCCCCCCAUUGUGCACAAUGCAGGAAUCUAUCGAUCCUUGAGGCAGUUUUAUUAUUUUCUCCUCCCCUCCAAGUAUAUGAUCCUCCAAAGAAAGCAGGAUCAACCAACUCCAGUUCCUCGAUACACAAGGAGAACUCUGCCAUAGCACCAUUCAGUCUCGUACAACUUGUUCUUUCAAAGGGGAAUCAGGUAACAUUAAAGUCACCAUACACUAUCCAUGGCCAGUAUAUCUACUUCUAUUAGUUACCAACUCCUCCCACAACGUCUUCCUGAUUCUUCUAUUGCAAUUUGCAUAGACUGCAGAGAUUGAAAAGCUAAAAUCAUCAUUUAUCCUAGUGAAUUUUCCAGUAACACUUUGACCACCAACCUUAUUUCUCCUUUCCACAACGUUUUAUCCCAUAGAAUUAAGAUUCCAUCACUGCUCCUCACGACCACUUUAUGAAAUUCCCCCACGCAUCUAUUGAUCCAUAUACUUUGUAGCAUACCAUCUGCUAGACCUUAUAGCUUUGUUUUAACAAGAAUAUAAAUAUCCGCAUCCCAUUGACGUGGUAAUUUCCUAACCAUGCCCCUUUUUUCACCCCCAUUUAACCCCCUCACAUUCCAUGAUACUAGCUUUACUUUCACUGAUUUGUUAAAGCUAGCAUUCUCCCACUAGAUCUUGGUUCCCCAUCUUCGAAGUUCAUGUCAAAAAAUAGAUUCCUCAUCUCUUUUGGAACUAUGUUUUUAGAGCUCGAGUCCUGUAAAGUCUCCCCUUGUCCUUUCUCCUUUGAUCAAUCUUAAUAAACAUCAAAUAGGCUUUCUUUUUACACACUUUAAAAUCUACUCCAAAUUGUUGUCCAAGUUUGAUCAUAUUUGUUUGAACCCAGUGGUAGCAGCUGCAGCAGGAUCCUCCUCUUGUGCACUUUUGAUAACCUCUAAAGGUUCCAAUUCUGCAUACAUUACCAGAAGGGAUUCCGAGAAAUCCGCCUCCCUCUUUUUAAUUCUUUGUCCUUCAUUAUCCAUUCCCCUUGUUUUGUGGACGUGUAUGUCUAAUUGCUUUUGAUUCAGCUGCACAUUCUUCUCUUUUUUCCUUCUCUCUGCUGCUUCUAUAUCGAGUUCAUCCUCCCCUUUGAAAUAAACAAAAUACAGGCUCUUGCAUGUCUCUGUAUUUGUUCUGUUAAUGAACUCAGAAAAAGGCUCUGUAAAGGGCUGCUUCUUUUGUUUUGGGCCUGAAUUAGUUGGGCUUAAAUUGCCUUUCAAAUUAAAUGAAGAGUGUUUUCUUGGCCCACCCCAAAACCCUGAUUUUGAAUUUCUCUUUCCUACACACACAACUCCCUCUCUCCUAAGUGGGAACCCACAGAAAGCAUAUGUCCCUUGUCAGUCCACCUUUCCCUUUUUUUACUUAUCUUGUAUUUCGAUGUACUCUCUUCUAUAAACUCCAUUCCAUUUUUUUUGUGGCGAUUGAUCAUUUGAUCCUUCCGUUUGUUUGUCAUUUGAUCUGCAGAGUCUCAUGCUCCAACCUGGUGGACCUCCUACAAAAGUCUUAUGCCUAACAAACGUCGUUAGCGCGAAUGAGCUCAAACGUCCUGAAGUUUAUGGAAGAGAUAAUGGAAGAUGUGACAAUGGAAUGUAAAUUAGUGAAGAUUGUCAUCCCGCGCCCAAGGCCUGAUGGUGAACCUACACCAGGGGUUGGAAAGGUCUAUUUGGAUUUUGAAGAUGUGGAGACUUCUUCAAGAGCUCAACAAGGCUUGAAUGACAGAAAAUACGGAAGCAAAUUCACUGUUGUUGUCUUUUAUCCAGAGAACAAGUUCGCCGAUCGGGACUACGAGGGCUAGCUUGUAUCUGCUCAGCCAAACAAUGUCUUGUAUUAAAUAGCUAGCUAAUUUAUCCUUCCCUUGGGAUUCUUAGUUGCACUCUAGUUUCCUGUCAUUAACGUUGGAACUGUUAGGUCUCAACGUGGGGAUUUCAUGUAACCAGCUAUAAGACUAGCCUACUGUUUUGAUUGCCUACUAUCACUGUGGAUCGCAAUGGUCUCUGCAUUAUUACUAUUGACAUGAAUAUCUUUAACUAUCCUGCCUGCAAUUUCUUUA